GGGGCCGGGGCCGGGCGGGGAGGCGCCGCGAUUCCCCCACUGCCCCCCUCGGUGCCCCCUCGGUGCCCGCCUCCCGAGCCUCCGCCGUAACGAGGGGCGGUACGCGGCUGCCCGGGCUGCGCGCGGCCGUCCCCUCAUCCCGCGAGGUAGCGGCGGGCCCGCGAUGGCGCCGGGGCGAGGUCGCGGCCCCCGGGGUGUAACGGGUGUCGGAGGCUCCUCGCCGGGCCCGCGCAGCGCGGGCUGCGUUGCCGAGCCGGGCAGGGCCCGGCGGUGGCGGCAGGAGGGAAUCGCAACGCGACGGGCGCGUCGCGGCGGUAACAGCGAGCAGCGCCGAGCGCUGCAAGACAGACCAAGUGCGCGGCUGCGGAACUGCUGCGCCGCCGCAGCCGCUCGGCGUCGGCCGAGGCUUCCACCGCGGGGAGGUUCUGUGCCACGGGUGCGUCGCAGCGUCCCCGUGCUGUAGGUGUUUUGCCUGCCGUGGGCCCAAGCAGUCGUGGUGUUUCCUAGCCGUAAUCCACGGGACACGAUGCUUGAGAUCAUUUGCAGACAGUAGUCUAGAUGCAGUAAAUUGGAAGAAAUGGAAGAAAGGAAGAUCAAGAGGAGGAGCCCCAAAUCAUCUUCCAGUCACUCUGCUCAGGUUGCUAACUCCAAGAAAAGCUCAGUGCCAGUCAGUAAAAGUACAGCCUUUUCCAACCCUGCCCCACAGCCUGCCGUACAAAAACCAAAGUUAAAACGCGUAAUCAAAGAGAAAGCCAAACCUCCAGGAGGUGAAGCAAAAGGGGCACAGGCAGCACCAAUCCAGCAUUCUUUUCUCACAGAUGUAUCAGAUGUCCAGGAAAUGGAAAGGGGACUUCUGAGUCUCUUGAAUGACUUCCACUCUGGCAAACUUCAGGCAUUUGGAAAUGAAUGUUCCAUAGAGCAGAUGGAGCAUGUGCGGAGCAUGCAGGAGAAACUUGCUCGCCUCAAUCUGGAGCUCUAUGGGGAGAUGGAAGAACUCCCUGAAGAUAAAAGAAAACUAGCCAGUGAUUCCAACCUGGAUAGACUGCUGUCAGAUCUAGAAGAACUAAAUUCAUCUAUCCAAAAACUACAUUUAGCCGAUGCUCAAGAUAUUCCAAAUGGUACCACAGGUUGAGAGAGAACAUCUUUGUCAAUUUGGAUUCUUCAGCUUGGCUUUUGUUUUUCUGGAUAAUGGAAUCAAGAAGAGUUGUGACUUUGUGUUGUUUUUAAUUUUACACAACAAAAUCAAAGUGCAAAUCCAGGUGUUUAUUUUGCACAUUCCUCUGCACUGCAUUAUGUCAGGGCUCAGUACCUAGAGUUGUAGUUAAUUGUGAUUUUAUUAUUGCCUUACUUAACAGAAAAAUUGGAGAAACCUGGAAAUACAUUUCUUCUGCUGAGUGCCCAUGUGGCUGCAAGUGGUACAUGUAUUUAAGUUCAUGGGCAUUUCUCCAGUUUUUAUAAAGGUAGUGAUAAUACUGCCUUUCUGAUUAUUACACAGACAAUCUGCUCACUAUCUCUUUAGUGUUUUGUUGAUGAGUGAUGCCACAGAUUAAUUUUUUGUUAAUAAAGUGAAAAGUUUUAAAUAUAUGAUGUUUCACUUGCAGAAGCUGCUACUGGUUUGGCUGUGUUAGGAAGAUGAGCUUUAGCGUUGUGCAAGUGUUUGCAGAGUUUACAUUUUUUUCGUUACUAUGAAUAAUUAUAACAUCUCACCAAAUUAAAAUUAGCAUGCAUGCUAAUAGUCUACAUAAAUUAAGUAUUGUGAAACUCCAAAAUCGGGUAGUUACUGUUCAAUAAAUCCAGGAUAAUCAAUUUUGUAGUUACUCUGAUGUUGUAAAUAGGCUACUAUUAAUUGGUAUGAACCUUCUGUGCACAGCCAGAGAUAAAAAAAAAAAUCUGUAUUAGUGUAAAAUCAGGCUGGUUUUAGAUCCAAAAUUUCUAUCUCGGUCCAUCAAACCAUGCCUUUGGUUCUAGAUUUAUUUUAUAUUCCAUUUUUAGGUAAUUCAUUCAGAUUCCACACUGAUUUUACGCUUACUGAACAAGGAAUGGAAUCUUUAUCCUUCUGCCUGAGCAGAAAGCUUUCAUCAGCCCAGGUUGGGCCUGUGGCCAAGGAAUAGAUUUUGUUAAGUAUCUUUGGAGAAGAGGCUCCUUCAGCCACAACAUGUAGUUUUGGAUUGUGCAGCACCAAGCCUGCAGCACACUGGGACAGAAGGAUCCAUCAACCACCACAGAUUCAGCCUCAAAUUCCCUGCCUCACCUAUCAUGCAAAUCUCCAUGAUUUACAAACCAGUAGGCAGCCCAGUGGUUGUCCCCUCAGGUUGUUCUUGUUCUUUAAGCAAUUUAUCUCCUUCGUUGCCAAGAUUCUCCAGGAGUUUGUGUGCUGGUAAGUGUACCUGGGAGUCCCUGCCUGCAGCUGGGCACGUACCUGUGAUAUUGUGAAAUCCAAAGUAAGCUUAAGAGAACUAGAAUACAAAAAGCUUCUCACAGAGUGAAGCCAAGGUUGAUGUUUGCUCUCCACACACACACCUAUGACCAAUAAUUGGGUAAUUAUCAUUUCUGCACAGCACCUUACAUCAGCACUAAGCCAUUGUUUCUGGGUAGACUUCUGAACAACAAGCAAAAACGUAGCAUCUUUUAGCCUUAUGUUUCAUACCAGGUAUGGCAAAAGUCACUAAUAGAGCUGCAGUUAUACAAAAAAAAUUGUAUUCUUGCAGCUCACUUGGAUGCAGGAGCAGAGGUGUGCUCACUAGCAGCCUCUGGCCAGCAAGUGCAGUGUAUCGCAGCAUUGUAACGCACACUUGUCCGUAACCACACUUAAUUUUAGAGUUUAGGUAUUCUAUAUUAGAGGCAGCUCUUUCCCAUUUUUGGGCUCUGACAUCAAACUGCUUAAGCUUUCUAUUUCAAACACAUUUCAAAUCAGUUACAAACAUGUUGGAUGUCUUGAUCUUGUUUCUGUAGCAAUUUAUGCAAGGACAGAGGGUAUAAUUUGAGAUACAGACACAAACUAAGACCUUUCUCAAACAGCUGUUUAGAAUUGUACAAGAAUUAGCCCCUUUUUCUUCUAUCACUUUAAGCCCACAGGCAUUUACAAGCCACAAAGAAUGCAUUAAUUGCGAAUAAUUGAGAAAUUCUUUUUCCCUUACCUCCUCCUGGAUACAACUUUGUGUCUUUAACACAGUCUGUUAAUUAUUAACUUCUGGAUUCAUACAAGAAAAUUUUGUAGCAAGACUUUUGAGAUACUGAACUCUUUUAUGUGGUAAUGACUUAAUCACAUUUCUGUGCUCCUGCAGGAAAAGAAAAAAAAUCUACUGUAACAUAUUUGUGGAAAGUCUUUUUUAAUUAGAAAAGUAUGUAAGCGGCUGCAGAAAAUGAGGUCACUUUCUAUUAUGUUGUUUCCUGAAGAGUUGUUUAUGGAGAUUAAAGUGUAUUAAGUGUUUAAUAUGUUUAUCAGUGUGAGUUUAGGCCAGUGCUGUGGUUUAAAAACUCACACUGAUGAAUGGGUUUGGUGUUUGGAAGAAGGUGCUCUUGGCUGUGUCACUGUGGGGAAUCUGGGGCACAAGUUUCAUUCUCCUCUGUACUUCCAGUUGAAGGCUACAACACUGGAAGAAACAGAUGGGCUGAGUCUGUUAGUGCACAGCUUCAUGGCUGGUGUCACUGCCAAAAUUUUGGGGUUUUUGACAGUGCAAUUAGCUAUGCAGCACCAGGGCUGCUGCAUCCCCUGAUGGGAUGUAUCCUUCUUGCUGAGGGAGGAGAGUCUUUGCUCGGGAAGUAGCAGAACUCACUGACAGAGCUUUACAAUAGAUGUGAAGGGGGACUGGGACAGUCCCAGACUUGUUGCUGCCAUGACAUGGGAUGAGAUGCAGAGGUCAGAGGGACAGGGUGGUGGUAAAGGUCCUCUGCUGCUCUCAGCUGUGCUGGGUCAACUGGAGCACACCUGCAAUCCCAGGGACUUGUCUGGUAGCAGAAGCAAACAGGAAAAUACCAAGGAGGAAACAUGUCAAAUUAAGUACUCCUCUGGGAAAGAUUGAUUCUGCAAUGACACCAGAUAUUGUGAAUCAGCACUGAACUUUGCUGAAAUAAAGCUUUACAAAGAGACUUGUGGCACACAUCCACAAGAGCUGUACAUCUCUCUCUCCCAAGUAAAAAAAAGAAAGAAAAUACGUUUUUAGUAGUUGAUGUUAGAUAUAAAUUUUGAAUCAUAAAAAUUAGUCAUUGUAAUAGAGUAUAAUUUUCCCACUAAUUAGAAAUACUAAGAUUAAUAUGAGAUCUCCAACUUACAGCUCCUUAAUCAUAUUAAACCAGUGAAAACCAGAACAGAAAUAACCAAGAACAAUUCCCAACAAACUGAGAGACUGAGACCAGAGUGAAUGAGUAGUUUGCAAAUUAUUUGAUCACCCCAAUCAAUGCAAUAUUGCAGCAUCAAGCCAAAGUACUAGAACAGAUACAGUCCAACAGUUCAGCAAGUGCUAACUAAUACAAGAAAUAUUAUACAGAACUCUAAAAACUGCAGUGCAUACAUGAAAGAAAGAUAAAGGAAAAAAGGAUGAAAAACGCUGACAAAAUUGGUACUUUUGACAUUAGAAGUUCUGAGACAGUAUCCAUUUUAGCAUGUUUUUUGGUUAACAAAGUCACUAUGGAGGCAAUGUUGUGAAAACCAUAGAACCUGUCAAAAUUACCAGCCUCUUAAUUUUGAAAAAAAUGAUGUGAAUAAUUACUGGUUUUCCACAGAACAUUCUUGCUUUAGUUACUUUAUCCCAAAAGGUUACAUGCAAAGUAAACUAGGGAAUGCAUGCUUUUUAGGUACCCUUCUGCAGCAAAAGGACCUCCUGAUUGGUCUAUGAUCUCUUGGUUCCUUUGGACAAGAAGGCAGGUGGCCAUGUUCCUUCACAAGGGCAGUGAAAGACACAGGAUUGAAGCUCUAGAAGAAAGGCUUGUUAUAAAUGGAACCACUCUUCUUCCAAAGGCAGGAUAUGUAACAGAAAAAACAACAUGCUCAAGGCAUGGCACCUUCUGCAUUUUCUGAUAGAAUACAAUGAAUUACAGCUUCCUACAAAAUUCCUUUGAUCUUUUUCUUAUGUAUUCAACUCUGUAUUCUUCACUCUGUAUUUCCAUACCUUGAUUAACUCAAGCUUGCUAUUAGCUCAAGCUAUGCAAAAUAAGGCACAAAAGCACUUACUAGAGUGCUAAAUUUCACAGCAUUUAAUGAAACACAUACCUAAGUUAAUACAGGGAUUCCCAAAAUACUUCCUUUGCCUUCUGCAGAGAAAUCAUAUAUUGCUGAAACUCCUUACUAUACAUAAAUUUCUUGCUAAGUCUGACACAACCAGUCAGGGAUGCUAGGCCUUCAGAAGCCCUUAGGUGAGUGUCCACAGCAGCUUUUGUAAUGCUUAUUCCACUUCCUGCUCCUCCAGCUGUCAGGAAAAUAACUGAUUCCAAUAUGAAAUCAAUUUAUUUUCUCAAUAUGCAACCAAUCUUUCAAAUGCUAGUGUUCCUUACUUGCCUUUUGGUUGGAUACUAAAACUCACAGGCUCUUUGUAGAAGACAGUUCUGUUGCAGAGUGCAGUUUCUUACAAUGAAUGUGUUCCAUUCCAGUCAGCUUAAAUGCAGCCUCACUUGAGCCAAAGAGGAAAUGCAGUCAGACCUCUGAGGCUAAGUGACAGAAAGCAAGAGGCACCACUACAGCUGUAAGGGAUACACCAAAGAGUGCAAGUGCACUGCAGAGUAUGAUGUACCUCCCAUCUCUGUGAGCUCCUCUGCAGACUGGGAAGCCAUACAGCCACACAUGGUUCAACAGCACUAUUGCCAAAAUUCGGGUUUCCAUCAACAUACCACUGAAAGUCAGCUUAAACUGCUUUAACUAUCUAUGACAUUUUGGUAAUUUCAUAGGCCACUCAUAAACAAGAACAAAACAAGUAAUUUUAGCUGCUUCCAGAUUAAAUGAAUCAGUAUCUGUAAGAGUGAUAGUGUCAAGAAUAUAUUCUACCAGAGAUGAAACAGAAUUAAUCUAGCUUUCUGAAGCUCAGUAUGCUGGUGAAGUGUAGUGAACAGUAUUAAGAGUCUUCUUAAUGCUUUGUAUUUAAGCUGUGAGAUCAUAAACUUUGUAUUUCAUAGAGUCACAACACCAAUUUUUUUAGUAUUAUAACUAAUACUGUUUUGGACAAAAAUAUUGGACAAUAAUUGAAUACCUAUAUAUCAGUAGGGUGGAAAAAGGUACUGUGAAAUCACUUUGAAACACACUAACAGUGUGUUAAUUAGGUACAACUACUGUACAAUCAAUAUAUACUUUAGGUACAAAUAAUGUACAAUCUACCUUUAAAGCACAAAACAGCACCUUUAAAACCCAUGUUGCCAAUUUAAAGAAAUAUUACUGAAAUUACCCAGUAUUCAAAUUCCCCCUCCGUGUCCCCAAACAAAAACAAUUAAUUAAAAAACUCCUGUGAAGUUUAUAUUUUGCUUGUGUACUAGCAGGACAACCCUAUAUUGUCUCAUUUUAAACAUUAAAACAUUAACAUUUUUUCUGUACAAUCCCUAGUUCAUUGUUGAGACUAUUAAGAGAACAUAGCAUUUAAUGGUUUUUUUGUUAUUAGAUAAUGAAGUCCUUGGUUUUCAUGUGUUUUCAUCUAGACAGCUGUAUGAUAAAAGAUUGGUACAUCAAUAUACACGGCAAGACAAGCAUGCUGCAUAAGCAUGCAAAUAUAUUCAAAAUAAACAAGUUAUUUUUUCAUCUUC